AUGACACGCGCCCUGUUCCUGCCCUUUGAGCUCCCGUGCCCACACACCGACAGCACCUCCACGUGCUCAACAGGGCGGAUAAACUCGGCCAUGUAUGCGCCUGCUUUUGGAACGUCACCUCCCCGAGAGGAAGCUCCCGUCUUGAUUGCACGUCACUACGAAACAAGAGAUGAUCGUCAGCGUUCUCCGUCUCAUGGGGGAGCAGUUGAAAGUGUCCAUCAUCAUCCUGAUGGUCGUACAGGGCAUGACGAUGAGGAUGACAGCCUAGCCGUGGUGUUCUCGGCGGACACCGGCGCCGGGAGGGCCCACACCCCGCAGCGGCUCAACCGCACGCACACCCCGCAAAGGCUUCGGCCGUCCAGCAUCCUGCACACUGCCGCGGCCCCCGUGCAGCAGUCAUCGGCGACAAGGAGGGAGGGAGAAUCAAGGCGGCAGCCCGCGGGCCGACGGAAGCAAAGGCGCUGGGAAAACGAUAAUCUUCUCGGGGUGGAGAAAUUUCUGCGGGGGCGCCACGCCCACGAAGAGGGAGAGGCCGAGCAUCUCACGGUGAAGCAUACGUGGCGCUCCAGCCUAGGGGACCUGGUGUCCGACCCAAGGGCAGCGGAGGUCCGAGAGAGCUUUCGGAACGGCAUGCAGCCGACGCCGCAGAAGGGGGGUAGUGCUCCCGGAUCGGGAGCGAGGCAUUUCACGGGGGGAAAGUGGGAAGAUGCAGAAGAGAGGUUUCUGUUGGUAGAGCGUCGUCUCAGGGACAUCGUUGUUCGGGCGUUGCGCAACCCCGCUCUUGUGGGCUUCCUGGAGGGGCUGGAAACCUUGCUAGGAGAAUUCACUCAGACUAAGCAAAUACUGACAGAAAUGCCAUCGGCGCUGCGCUCGGCGUUGGCCUCUCCCCCUAAAGUAGAGGUCAGGAAGGAGGCGGGAAAGUCAGCGGGAAAGUCAGCGGAGGCCGGAGCCGGACCCACCCUCCUGGUGCCCCUAGGCCCGUCUCCGUUCCACCGGCUGCUGUUGCAUGCCCUUUGCCAGUACCAGAAGCUUCGCUCGAAGAGCGAAGAGACGAAAAGAGGCCGCAUCGUUCGCGUUAUGAUCCCUACAUCGACAUCGACAUCAACUUCAGCAUCGACAUCUGGCACCGCGUUUGCAGCACCCAACGCCCCCCUCACGGAGUUCGUGCUCAGGACCAGGCUACAGGAUUACGAUCGCCUGCGUGAGAGGGAGGGUGCGGCAAGGGGAGAGGGAAGGCUCUCUCAGGCGUCACCGAGCUCCGCGGGCGCAGGGUGCAGCAGCCGAGGGGAACGUGCUAGGGCCAUCACGCCGACCACUGUCGCCACAGUCGCUUGAGCGCCAUGAUGGUGAUCAUGAGUCGAAGAGCAUGUUCACUGGCAGACAGCGCGCACCCUGGGUGUGCGCAGUCCUAAAUUAGUUAGUAUUUCGUAUAACGUGUGGAAGUCACUCUUUGCACUUGCCCUUCGGUACGUUUUCUGGACGCAUCAGCGGGGGUUGCAGGCUGUCACACACAAGAUAAGCCAGUAAAAUGUGCGUCGCUAUGUUGUGGCGAGUUGACCCCCCCGGGAGGCAUUGCUUAAUGGUCACAGGCGGCAGUAAAUUUCUCUUCAUGCAACCUUUUGCUGCAAUGCGUUCCAGGUACACUAUUGUCCAUAUUGUACAUUCAUUUACGGUAGGAUUUGUGCUGGGCACAGCAGCACUAACUGCCGUUUGUUUGAGAAUGAGGAUGUAUAAUUGAAAUUUCAGUAGUACACACGUACGUGAGUCUGCCGUGUUUCUGUUGGCGUUUUUGAUUUUUCCCCUCGUGGAGUUUGGUGUCUUUGUUCUGGAUAUGGCGUAACGACGAUCGGAACGCGAGGAGGAACGGGAUGUUCGGGGGAUGAAUGUAACUGUAAAUAGAAGGAAUAUAACUGGAAGUGCACUGCAGCAGUGACGGAAUCCCCGCCAAAGGUGGGGUCACCAUGUGCGUAGGCACAUGGGGGAUGGGGGGGUGUUUGCCAGGCCGUCUCCACAGAGAUGUGUUUUGAGGUGCGGAUGGCUACAUACAUAUCCUGGCUUCGAGAG